AUGGUCAGAAGGGAACUCAUUGUUCAACGAACGGUGGAUGAGAAUCAGCUCAAUUCAGUCUGCGAUAUUCUACCUCUGUUGAGUGAAGUUGGGUUGUUGAAAACAGUCACAGAUGUUUGCCCUUACUCCAAGCUGUUAACUUAUGAGUUUUAUUGCAAUCUCAGUGAUGAGAUUGAUGAUCUUGCAGGGCCACGACCAAUGCAAAUCUUUAUAAGAGGUAGGUGGUAUGUAUUUGGACCAGAUAUGAUCAAUGAUUACUAUGGGUUGCCUGCGGUUCAAGAGAAAGAUGUAACUGAUUGGAAUUUGGUGGCCAAAACUCUCACUGGUGGUCAGACCACAUCUUGGCCUACAGGAGAUAAGGAUUACUUGCUCAGCUCUCAUCUCACGUCAAAAUAUGUUAUUCUACAUCGUCUGGCUCUGCACAACUGGCUGCCAUCUGCCCAUUUCAACACAGUUGGAAAGCUUCUUGCUGGGUUUUUAUUUCGGAUUGGCACUAAGAUGAAGCUCGAUCUGGGAAAGUGGAUUUACUAUCAUAUUCUGACUCUAACUCAUCCCAGGGAGCAAAAGGUGAGACUGCCCUUCCCAAAUCUAAUCUUUGGAAUACUUAUUUCUCAGAGACUUAAACCUAUGACCAGUGAAGUCAUCAGCCCGACAUUGCUUUAUACUGUCGAGAAACGGCUACUAUCUGGAGACCAUAUCAAGGAUGUAGUCCCUAUCACUGCUCCAACAAAUUCUGAACCUGAGGCUGUGAAUGAUGAGUCCCUGCAUGACAAAGAUGUGAAGCUGGCGGAACAAUUGAAGGCGCGUGUUGCAGAUCUGGAAACGGUGCAUGGUAUCAUUGCUAAACAACUGACCGGUGCACGUACUGAGCUAGCCACUAUUCUGCUCCGCAUGAGUCUGACUGAUACUGCUGCUGCUGUGGACCCCGAGAAGACAGAUAGUGACUCUCCCUCAAACGCUUGA